AUGCCCGGAGCACUGCUCUCCUCCCGGUCCCUCUACAUCGGCAUGGAGGUGGCGAUUGCCGUGGCAUCUGUGGUGGGCAACGUGAUGGUGGUGUGGGCGGUGAGGAUCAACAAAUCCCUGCGGGACACCACCUUUUGUUUCAUCGUGUCGCUGGCGUUGGCCGAUAUCGCGGUGGGGGCGCUGGUCAUCCCGCUGGCCAUCACCAUCAGCAUCGGGCUGCAGACGCACUUCUACAGCUGCCUGCUGGUCGCCUGCACGGUUCUGGUACUCACGCAAAGUUCCAUCCUGGCACUGCUCGCGAUUGCCAUCGACCGAUACCUGAGAGUCAAGAUCCCCACCAGGUACAAGCGGGUGGUGACGCCCCGGCGUGCGGGCGUUGCUGUUGUGGUGUGCUGGGCGGUGGCUUUCGUGGUGGGCCUCACGCCCAUGUUGGGCUGGAACAACCUCGGGCGUCUCCAGCAGAACGGCUCCGUCGGCUCCGACCUGCUCGUCACCUGCCAGUUCGAGAACGUUAUCAGCAUGGACUACAUGGUCUACUUCAACUUUUUCGGUUGGGUGCUGCCGCCCCUCAUGCUCAUGCUGCUCAUCUACGCCGAGAUCUUCUACAUGAUCCACAAGCAGCUCAACAGCAAAAAGUUGACCGGCAGCCACAGCGACCCCAGCAAAUACUACGACAAGGAGCUCAAUCUGGCCAAAUCCUUGGCGCUGGUCCUUUUUCUCUUUGCCGUCAGCUGGCUUCCCCUACACAUCAUAAACUGCGUGACGCUCUUCUGCCCCGAGUGCCAGAAACCCAUUGCUCUCCUCUACAUCGCCAUCCUGCUCACCCAUGGCAACUCGGCCGUCAAUCCCAUCGUCUACGCCUUCCGCAUCAAGAAGUUCCGCACGGCCUUCCGCAAGAUCUGGCAGCAGUACUUUUGCUGCAAGGACACUCCGGCUCUAGAGAUGCAGCCCAGUGACAGAAAGUGGCAAAGUGUCAAUCCCGAGCAGGGGCGGUUGUCGCCGCCGAGACCCCCGGAGGAGAGCAGCCAGAUGCCCGCCGCCCUGCAGCAGAACCCGAGGAGCGAACCCCUGCAGCGGAAAGAACACCCGCCCUUAUUGGAGCUGAAUGCCAUUUAACCUUCAAAGCACAAGAACACUGGUUCUAAAUGUGGUCCGAUGAGGGGCGCCGCUUCCUCUUAUGUGCUCGCGGGAGGUGACCGACCCUGUCCUUCCAAAACACAGCAAAAGGAUUGGUCUUAACUCAGGAGGAACACACUGAAAUUGACCUUUCCACCUCGACAUCACAGGUACUGCGAGGUGGCAAA